AUGCACAAUCCAUCUUCAAACAAUCGGAAACCCAUACGUGUUUGGGUCGACGGAUGUUUCGACCUAGUUCAUUUUGGACAUGCCAAUGCUCUUCGUCAGGCUAAAUCACUCGGUGAUCAACUUAUCGUUGGAAUUCACUCUGACAAAGAAAUCACUAAACAUAAAGGACCACCAGUUUUCCAUGAACAAGAGCGUUAUCGGCUGAUCAGAGCUAUGAAAUGGGUCGAUGAAGUAGUAGAAGAUGCACCAUACUUUACCUAUGUAAAAACGUUAGAAAAAUAUUCUUGUGAUUUUUGUGUACAUGGAGAUGAUCUGGUGGUAUCCAAUGAUGGAUCAGAUCCUUAUGCAGAAGUUAAAGCAACUAAUCGAUACAAAGAAGUUAAACGAACUGAGGGUAUAUCUACUACAGCUUUAGUGUCAAGAAUGUUAAAACGUAUACAACAAUUACAAGAUCAAGGUACUUAUGCAUCGCAGUUUAGUUCAAGUACAGAGUGUUCAAUUCGACGAACACAAUCAUUAGAUUCUGUAUUAAAAAGUAAAGAUAAGUUUAUGCAUCCUUGUAAGACGAAGGAAACAUUAUCACCCAUAUAUCCGGGCCUAAAUUCAAAUUGUUCUAAAGCUAAUGAUGUGACAGAUUCAAUUAAUGUUUCAAUUUGGUCUACUGGUGGUAUGACGUAUAUGCCGAAUAUUUUACGUAUAAGUCAAUUUUGUUCUGGUCAAUUUCGUGAACCUAAUAGUAAUGACAUUGUGGUAUAUGUACCGGGUACAUUUGACCUAUUCCACAUUGGUCAUUUAUCAUUCCUGGAACAGUGUUUAAAACUUGGCAAUUAUCUGUUGGUUGGAUUAUACUCGGAUAAAACGUCAUCAUUUGAAAGUGGUCGAAUGGGCUCAAUUCUCACACUUCAAGAACGACUGUUAUCUGUACUGGCCUGUCGAUACGUGAGCAAUGUAAUUAUUGAUGCACCGUAUGUAAUACCUCCCAAUCUUUUGGAUCAUUUCAAUGUAAAUUAUGUUGCAAUAGGUUGGGAUAAAAACCUUACACCAACAUUAGAAGGCUUAGAUCCGAUGAUGGUUUGUAAAGAACGAGGUAUUCUUCGUAGAAUCGAUAGUGGAUGCAAUGUUACAACUUCACUUGUCAUAUCCCGUAUUAUGAAAAAUAGACUUCUUUACGAAGAACGAAAUCAGAAAAAAGUGAAUAAAGAAGUCCAGUUGGCGAGUAAAUUUUUGACAAGUAAUUAA